GGAACAAAGCAAGGAGUCUUCAGUCAGUGAUUUUGUCAUGGAUGCCAUGAGACUCUCUACCCUGUUGCUCUGUCUUUUUUUGGCCUCAGUCUCUGCUGUGGGAAAACUGAAAAACAUUGAUGACUUGAAGAAUGUUGGCUAUGGCAAACCUUUUCCCCGUCAUGGACUCCAGCUGUUGUUCUGGUUUGCCCAACAAGUUGAUCGUGCUGAUCAAAAUGUAAUUCAUAUGAAUUCUGAUUUUAAUCCAAAGGGCAACUUUGGCUUUCAUGAGUUUAAAAAUUACGAAGAAAUCCUCCCAAACAUAAGUAUUAGAGGGGUACAAUACUAUUCAGUUGGGAAUCUAAAUUAUAAGUACCCUGAUAAGCACAAGUACCCUGAGGGCAAAAAACUGCCGUGCUACGUGAGGAAGUAUUAUAAUAAAGAGAAACCAUUGAAUAACAUGGAUAGGCUCAUGAUCUCAGUGAACCCAAAUAGUCCAAAAACUGUUUACAGUGUCUACAUUACGGCACAUAUUAAUAACAGUGGGGAAUUUGAUCAUGAUGCCACAUAUGAGAUUGAUUCUUCUCUUAUAAACAAUAUCAAGAGGAUCAAUCAACCAUAUGAUGGCAAAGAAGAAUGUAAAAGAUGCUAUAAUUUCCUAAAAAGAACAGGAUACACUGGUGAUGUCCCCUUUACAGUCAACUCUUUUUGUAACCAACAGUUACAUUCACUAACAGCUGGUUUCCAAAUCGAGUUUUCCGAAUCAAUAUUUUGCCAUGAUUUAGAGUUUGAUCAUUUCACCACAAGAAUAAACGGGUUUGAUGCAGGUCUGGAACUAUACACUGAAGACGGUUAUGCUUGUGCUCGGCUCUACAUCAAGAAGACCUUCACAAACUGGCAAAAUGACUUCUACUACUCAUGGGUAGGGUUUUACAAGGGUCCAGAAGAAGCAAAUGAUAAAUACAGCACACAUCAGUAUGCUGUGAAAUUUCAAAAAGGAGAAGAAGAUAACACAAAGGAUUAUGAUAUUUAUGAAUACCAGUCAAGUUUAGCAAUUGCUCCAGGAGUUCAGAUUCGAUUUCUACUGGACAAGAACUAUAACUAUGUGCUAGCAAAAACUACACCUUGGGCAGGUCCUGAAACAGAGAUGAUGUCACCAUCAGAUUUUGACAGUUUGGCUCCAAGUAAUACUGAUAUCUCCUCAUAUGGUAAUGCUGUCAUCCCUGUUGAAAUUAAAGGGUUUGAUGCUGGUCUGCGUCUCUACGGUGAAGAUGGUAGAGCAAGUGCUCGGCUGUACAUCAAGAAGACCUUCAGUGAUUGGCAAGAUUACUUUUCUGACUCGUGGGUGGGGUUUUACAAAGGAAAAGAAAUAGCAAAUGGUGAAUAUUACACUUAUCGAUAUGUUGUACAUUUUGAAAAAGAAGAAGGACAUUUGACAGAUUAUGAUGUUUUCAAAUACCAGUCAAGUUUGUUAAUUGCACCUGGAGUUCAGAUUCGCUUCCUACUAAACAAAAAUUUGAAUACUGAACUUGCACGAACUCUACCCUGGGAGGCAGAGUUAAUUUAGUUUAUUACACGACACUCUACAAUACUUGAUUCUGAUUGGUCAGUCUCGACAUUCAGACAUACUGCAAGUCAUCUUAGUUUAAUACCUACAAAUAAAUACAGUAAAAAUAUGCAUAAUUAAUAACACAUAUGAGAUAUUGAUAAUAUACUACAAAAUCCUUAAUUUUAUUAACAAUUUGAAUAAUCGGCUGCUCAUGUCUUUGUUAUAAGUAAUCCGUUGUUUCUAACAUCAUUUUAAUUUUAAUUGUUCAACUAAUUAAAAAUGAAUUUUCAUCUUGUGA